AAUGUCCUGGUCUAUGGCAACCACAUUGUGGAACGUACGGACCCCGGCGGCCGAAAAAGCGGUAUCUAUUACCUUGAACCCCACCAGGAUUUCACGGACGAGAAUCUAGUCUACGCUGGAAAUGUUUUCGAGAUCGAAGGAGCUAAUCCAACUUCAAAAGAUUGUAUAUUCAUUGGUAAACACGCUAACCUGAAUCAACACCACGUGUAUGAGGACAAUAUCUACGAAGGCACCACUCCUCCAGAACAUGUGAACAUUAAGGCCGCCCAAGGAACACUGCAUCUUGAAUCAGGGUCUGCUUCUGUGCCAAGCGCCUACGUUGCCAUGACUGUACCCCGGUACAAUAUCGCGCAGUAUGCUCCCAAGUCUUCAAGUGGCUAA